CAAAUAUCGGACAAUUUAGGGAUUUACUUAGCGGAAAGCAAGCAUGUGUAUCAAGUGUAUACUAUUAAUGUUAUAAGUGCUCGUUUGCAUCGAAUCAUUAAAUGUCCAUAUGUUAUGUUUUUUAUAUUAAAUAAACGUUGUUACUGAAAAUUGCACCUAAUUGUGUAGAAAUCAAUUUUCCGCUGCUGUGUCAACAUUAGGACAAUAAAGUAUCCAAUUAUCACUGUCAACCAGACAUCACAUAUUGAAUAAAGUCGUUAUUUCAGAGCAAAUGAUACACCAUUUUUUACGCUAGUGUGACUAACCAACAAAAAGUGCAUUUGUAUAUUAGCCGCUCGCUACGAUGCAAGAUGUUCAUUUGAGCUCGCUGGUUACAUCUCUAAAGAAUAAUGACCAAGAAACAGAAAUUUGUCCAUAUUUUGUCUGAAAGAUUGAGGCCAGGCUUGCAGGACGUCGAAAGAAAGUAUUUAGAAUCAUGUGAGCUGGGAGACGAGAAUUUUGUCAAAAAUGUGUUGAAUUCAGGAAGAGUCUCUGCAGAUAUUGAAGACACACAGGGAAGAACUGGACUUGAUAUAUCAAUAGAAAAUGGACAUGUUUCCUUGGUAGAUUACCUUUUGUCCAAAGUCAGUCCAAAAAUUAUCCACCAGGGACUUCUAUGUGCUAUAGAAUACGAUCGGGAAGAGAUAUGCGAGAUUCUGUUGAAUCACCCGAUUUACCAAACCACACAUAAAGAUAAAGACGGGGUGAAAAGCAACGAAUAUUCUACCAUACAAGGCAUCACAUCUCCAAAUGGGGUUACAGCACCCGAUGAUGAUGAUUUAUCAAUGAGGUCGGAUAUUUCCAAAUUCUCCGAAUUGCCAGUUUUUAAUAUGCUCAAAGAGGCGCUGAUUAAAGCAGCCAUACGGAAUGAUUUUCAGAUUGUUCAAAUGAUCAUGAUGAAAGGAGCAUUGGUAGAUAUUCCUCACGACUAUUUCUGUUCUUGUACAUCAUGCAUUGAAGAGCAGAACAGGGAUUACAUGGUCUUUUGUAACAGAAGACUUGAUACCUUUCGAGCUCUGGCAAGUCCAGCAUAUAUUUCUCUAACAGAUGAAGAUCCUGUCAUGUCUUCCUUCUUCCUCAGCAAAAAGUUCAAACAACUUCAAGUCAUGGAAACUGAGUACAAGAGCACGUAUGAAGAGCUUGACUUGCAGGUACAAAACUUCACUCUUGACUUGUUGAAUCAGUGUCGUACUUCGGAUGAGGUGAGGUCGCUUUUAAACUCGACAGAAAUGACCGAUGCAAACACCAAUUCUUUUCCUCUACUGCAGGUUGCAUUGCAAAUGGAGCAAAAAAAGUUUGUCUCUCACCCAAAAUGCCAGGCUCAGGUAUCAGCUCUUUGGUUUAGUGGACUUACAGGGAUGCGUCACCUGAAUCGUUUUGAAUUCCUGCUGCUGUCUAUUCCACUUGGAAUGAUAUUUUUACCCAUUUUAUCCCUGGUUUUUAUAUUUGUACCUUGGAGCAAAGUUACGCUUUUGCUGAACCCACCUUCCACCCGUUUCCUGAGCUAUACAUGUUCCUACAUAACUUUCCUGUGUCUGGUUGUGUUGGGGAAAAUCCAGUUUAGUAACAUGUGGGUGUCACUUGGUUGCGAACAUUCCGACCCAUUUACAUACGUUUUUAUUACACUGAUUUUUAUGUGGAUCAUAGGGUGGAUUUGGGAAGAAAUGAAACAGUUGUUUGAGCAAGGAGCAGGCAAUUACUUCCGCUCUGUGUGGAAUAUCAUCGACUCUCUCAUGCUUACGUUUUUGUUGACCUCUUUCACUUUGGACGUCGUUGUCCCCAUUAGGUUGCAAAGUUCGCUAGCUCAACACCAGAUUAAUUUCAAUGUAUCUGGUGAAGAAAUCAACAUCAAUCAACUUCUCUUCUGCUAUGAUGUUGACAACAAAAAUAAUUAUUUUUCGACGGAGAGGCAAUGCCCUACGGCUACGAUUGGUGUUGACUGGGCUACAAGUUGGGUCCCAGACCCUGAACUUAUCUCUGACAUCAUGUUUUCUGCUGGGAUAAUUCUAAGCAUUGCCAGAAUAUCUUUCAUUAUGCCUGCCAACGAAACAUUUGGAACCAUGCUCGUUUCAUUUAGAAGGACUUUUGGUGACUUGGUGAAACUGUUAGCCAUGUUUGUUCUAAUCUUGCUUAGUUUUUCGUGUGGACUCGCCGCUCUCUAUGCUGCGCAUGCGUGCCAGACAGCACACUUUCAAGGAUUUAGUGCUGUGAUCUUUGUUUUGAUUUGGUCACUGCUGGGUUUUGGCGAAGGAAAUACCCCUAAUUUAAAUCGCACUGCCCCUCUAAGUUCCAUUACAAACAACUCAUCACGCAUCACAUUAACGGAAUGGUUUGGAUACGCAAUAUAUGGUCUAUAUGUGUUUGCUGCUAUUGUUGUUUUGAUGAACUUGUUGAUAGCUGUAAUGAGCAAUACUUUCCAAGAGGUCCAGGAUGAGAGAGACACGGAGUGGAAGUUUUCACGUACAGAAUUAUGGAUGACUUUUAUUGAACCUGGCUGCCCGGUAGCCCCGCCCUUCAACAUCAUUCCUUCAAUUCGGAAUAUUUGUGAAGCCUGGAAAAAACUGUGUUGCCUAUGUAGCAAAAGCAGAUGUCGUACUGUUAAAAAACAACAGUACGAUUUAGAAAUGAGAUGCUCACCAGAUGCCAGAACUCCUCGGCAGAGUGUUAUAUGCGCCUUAAUACAAAGGUAUAUAGUUCAUGCAUCCCGUGCAAAACAGGAAGACGACGAAGAUGUCACUGAAGACAGACUACGAAGACUGAUAGAAAGAACAGCGUCACGACUAGAAAAGCGAUUGGAUGAAAUUACAGGUCACGUGCAACAUGUAGAUGAUCACGUGUCUCAUGUUGACAAAGGUGAACGGGAUAUCCAACAACUUCAAAAGGAGGAAAUGCAAAGAACUAACACUCUCAUAAAAGCACAGGAAGAAUAUAUAGAACUAUUGAAGUCAAAAUGGAAGGAGGGGGAAAGGUUCAGAGAACAGCGAUUACAGGAGGUUAUGUCAAUGCGCGCGCAAAGAGAGCGACUUCUCCAACAGCAUAUGUUUGAAGAAGCACAUCGACUAGAAGAGGUGAUCACGGACACUCUAGAGGAGGCGGAUUAUAUUCCAAGAACAACUUUAACAUAAAGGCUGAGAACAGCCUUAUAUGUAGCUAUUUCUUCUACAAGCUUUUUUUUAAAAAAAAAAAAAAAAACUUUUUUCAGUUAUUGUAUACAUGUACAACACUUCAUAAUGUAAAAAAACCUUUUUUUUUCUUUUGAAUAUGUAACUUUAUAUACUUUAUGUAAGAAGCAAUGAAUUCCCAAUUAUUACAAAGAAUAUUCCAAUUACACAAAUAUAACACUUCCUUUAAUUAUUUUUUUAGAAUUAAUAAAAAAAAUACAUGAAAAAGACUAUUUUAUUACAUACAUGUGGACGUUGUCUUUUAUACAUGCAAAUAAUAUACUAAAUUAUUCCUUUUUAAAAUGUACAAAACAAUCGUUAUAAUAAUUUAUAAUAAACAUCAUAGAUAUGACAAUUUAAAAUGCUGUCAGGAUACACGUUGUCGUGUUAUGGAGCGAUAAUUUAAAGUAAUGAAAUAAAAGAAAAAAGAAACCAGCUUUUCAACUUGAGUAUUAGAAUGACGAUGGAACAAACUAGUUUACAACGAUGGAUUAAUCAAUUUUCGGAACCUGCAAUACUGAAGAAAAAACAGCUGUGUAAAAUUACACCGUUUCUAAAAAUAUAUUUAUAAACGAACAAUUUUUUUUGUUUUGG